AUGACUUAAAUAACAAACAAGAUUUUAACUCUAAGCUUAAUUUUAGUAUAUGCUUCUGCAUAAACAUAAUUAAAUGUUUCUAAAGAGAAUUAAGUUGAAAAGUACCUGAUAACAUCAACAGAAUAAUUAGUUGUUAUAGGUUUUUAAGGAUAAUAAGUAUGAAAUAUUGAAUACUAAUGUAGGAAGUUAGAGAUUAUAUAUUCUGUAGAUUGAAGGAAUGUACAUGUGAAGACAUGGUUUCAAAAGGACCAAGAAGUCAUCCUAAGGUGAACUAAUAUUAAUAAACUGGAAAUGUAGAAUGCAUAAAUGAACAAACAAUAACUUUUGAAAGAAUAGAGAACGGUUACAUUCCUUAUGUUUGGAAUAAUAAACCUUAAGAAGAAGAAUCUAGAUCUUAUCAACCAUAAAAAAGAAUAACAUAAUAAAAUACAGUAGUUUACUCUGAUAGUGAUAUGACAGCCUCAAUGACUGUUGGCUCAUCUUUGGUAUUGAAGUGGAAAUUCAACACUGAUGACACAAUAGAGAUGUGUGUAAUCCUAAAUAAGAAAGCAUGGGUUGGAAUAGGAUUUGGUAAAGGGGUAUUUAUAAUUUAAUUAAUUUUAGAUGAAAGGAGUAGAUAUGUUUGCUAUUAAUAUAAUAGAUGGAGCAGCAGAAUUAUUGGAUUUGUAUUCUACUUAAGAUGCUACACCUCCAACAGAUGCCACUAAUGAUAUUACAUUGGUUUCUUCAAGUGUUACCGAUAGUGCAGUAAAAGCAAGAAUUAAAAGAAAAUUAAAUACAGGUGAUUCAAAGGAUGCUAUUUUAACUAAAGGAUCAAAAUAUACAUGGAGUUUUGCUAGUUCUUCCUCUCUCGUGAUGGAAGAUCACAAAAGUAAUGUUUAAGAGUUCGAAAUUACUUUAAAUGAAUCAGGAGCAUAAUAAACUAGUCAUGCUUAUUUAAUAUCUUUAAUCCUUGGAUUCAUUCUUUAAAGUUUGAUUAUUUGAGUUUUAAUAUCCCAU